GCCCCGCGCCCACAACUCCGCGCUCCCACCCGGCCUUUGUACGUGCACAGAGGCGAGCCAGCGCGCCGUGCACGUGACCCCGCCGAACGUGGCAUUGUGUUAUCACGUGACCCAGGUGCGUACGCGACGGAGCGGGCUGCGAAGAUGGCGGACGAGGAGGCCGAACAGGAGCGGCUGAGCGGCGGCGGCUGCGCGGCGGAGCUGCGGCGCCUGGGCGAGCGGCUGCAGGAGCUGGAGCGGCGGCUGCGCGAGAGCCGGGAGCCUGCGUUCCAGGCCAGCUGGGACUACAAGGAGGCCCUGUGUCAGACUCUCCUUGAGUAUGCAGAGAAAUGGAAAACAGAAGACCCCUUACCUUUACUGGAGGUAUACACAGUGGCUAUCCAAAGUUAUGUUAAAGCUCGACCUUACCUUACCUCUGAGUGUGAAAGUGUAGCCUUGGUUCUGGAACGCUUGGCAUUAAGCUGUGUUGAACUUUUACUGUGUCUACCUGAUGAAUUAUCAGAUAAACAGUGGGAACAGUUUCAGACACUGGUACAGGUAGCUCAUGAGACGCUGAUGGAGAGUGGCAGCUGUGAACUGCACUUUUUAGCUACUAUAGCUCAAGAGACUGGGGUAUGGAAAAACCCAGUAUUGUGCACUAUUCUUUCCCAAGAACCAUUGGAUAAGGAUAAAGUGAAUGAAUUUUUAACUUUUGAGGGCCCCAUCUUGUUGGAUAUGAGAAUUAAACACCUAAUCAAAACAAAUCAGUUAAGUCAAGCAACUACUCUAGCAAAGCUGUGUUCUGACCAUCCAGAGAUUGGUACAAAAGGUAGUUUUAAGCAAACUUACCUUGUCUGUCUUUGCACAUCAUCUCCGAAUGAAAAACUAAUCGAAGAGAUAUCAGAAGUUGAUUGCAAAGAUGCAUUAGAAAUGAUCUGUAAUUUAGAAUCUGAAGGCGAUGAGAAAAGUGCUCUUGUUUUAUGUACUGCAUUUUUAUCACGUCAGCUCCAACAAGGAGAUAUGUAUUGUGCUUGGGAACUCACUCUGUUUUGGAGUAAAUUGCAGCAAAGGGUAGAGCCAUCGAUACAAGUGUACCUAGAGAGGUGUCGUCAACUUUCUUUGUUAACGAAGACUGUAUAUCACAUUUUCUUCCUGAUUAAAGUUAUUAAUUCAGAGACUGAAGGGGCUGGACUUGCUACCUGCAUAGAACUAUGUGUAAAAGCUCUUCGCUUGGAAUCUACAGAAAAUACUGAAGUAAAAAUAUCAAUUUGCAAGACCAUUUCAUGUUUGUUGCCUGAUGAUCUGGAAGUUAAACGUGCUUGUCAACUGAGUGAAUUCCUUAUUGAGCCUACAGUAGAUGCAUAUUAUGCUGUGGAAAUGUUAUACAACCAGCCAGACCAGAAAUACGAUGAAGAAAAUCUUCCUAUACCAAAUUCUCUGCGAUGUGAACUCUUACUUGUUUUGAAAACUCAGUGGCCCUUUGAUCCAGAAUUUUGGGAUUGGAAAACCUUAAAGCGGCAAUGUCUUGCACUAAUGGGAGAAGAAGCAUCUAUUGUGUCUUCGAUUGAUGAAUUAAAUGAUAGUGAAGUAUAUGAGAAAGUAGUAGAUUACCAGGAGGAGAGUAAAGAAAUGUCUCUGAAUGGUCUUUCUGGUGGAGAUGGCAGUAAUUCGGGCCUGCUUGUAGACACUGGUGAUGAAAAGCAGAAGAAGAAGGACAUCAAACAGUUAAGAGAGAGGGGAUUUAUAUCUGCUAGGUUUAGGAAUUGGCAAGCCUACAUGCAAUAUUGUGUGUUAUGUGACAAAGAAUUCCUUGGACACAGAAUAGUACGACAUGCACAGAAACAUUACAGAGAUGGGAUUUACAGCUGUCCCAUAUGUGCAAAGAAUUUUAAUUCUAAAGAAACUUUUGUCCCUCAUGUCACACUUCAUGUUAAACAAUCUAGUAAAGAGAGAUUAGCAGCUAUGAAGCCAUUAAGAAGAUUGGGAAGGCCUCCUAAGAUCACAGCCACCCAUGAAAAUCAGAAGACUAAUCCUGUGACAAAACAGGAACAGCGGCCUAUAAAGAAGAAUAGUCUGUAUUCGACAGAUUUCAUAGUGUUUAAUGACAAUGAUGGUUCAGAUGAUGAGAAUGAUGACAAAGAUAAGUCUUAUGAGCCAGAGGUAAUCCCAAUCCAGAAACCAGUACCUGUUAAUGAGUUUAAUUGUCCUGUAACUUUUUGUAAAAAGGGCUUUAAGUAUUUCAAGAAUUUAAUUGCUCAUGUAAAGGGGCAUAAGGAUAAUGAAGAUGCCAAACGCUUUCUUGAAAUGCAAAGCAAAAAAGUCAUUUGCCAGUACUGUAGACGGCAUUUUGUAAGCGUCACUCACCUCAAUGAUCACUUACAAAUGCAUUGCGGCAGUAAACCGUAUAUAUGUAUACAGAUGAAAUGCAAAGCUGGUUUUAAUAGUUAUGCAGAGCUUUUAGCACACCGAAAAGAGCAUCAAGUUUUUAGAGCAAAGUGCUUGUUUCCUAAAUGUGGCAGGAUUUUUUCACAAGCUUAUUUACUAUAUGAUCAUGAAGCACAGCAUUAUAAUACCUAUACUUGUAAGUUCACAGGUUGUGGUAAAGUUUAUCGUUCUCAGAGUGAGAUGGAAAAGCAUCUGGAUGAUCAUAGUACUCCUGAGAAAGUGCUGUCUCCUGAAGACCAGCUUAAUUCAUCUGAAAAUGAUGUGAGUCAGAACACAGAAGGGAAUUCUGGGAAAGAAAGAUCAGUGCUUCCUUCAGAAAAUAACAUUGAAACGAGCUUACAAGCACAUAGAAGUGAUGAUUGGGAUAAAAGCAAAACAGAAUCAGCUGGGACUGAACAAGGCCAGCUCUCUGCCUCUGAAUUCAAGCAAGCUAAUAAACCAUUGUCAAAAGGUUUGGAAAACCCUGCUGGUACUACUGUUCUUCAGGACAAUGAAGUAGCUGUGUCCAUCAAAGUGUCUCUCAACCAUGGGAUUGAGGAUAGCUUUGGAAAGCAAGAAAACUUAACCAUGGAAGACACUGAUGUGCCACUAGUUAGAGAUUUGUGUAAACCAGGUGAAGGUACUGGUGUUGAUUUGUGUCAUCCAGGUUUCCAAGAAAGAAAAGAACAUGAGUGCUUAAAUGAAGCCCAAAUUCCUCAGAAUUCUUUAGCAAAUUCAGAAACCCUGAAGAUCGGUGACAUUAACCCUCAAACCUUAGAAAGACAAGUCAGCACUCUGAUGACCUUUUCUGUGCAAAAUCAGGCAGGAUUUCAAAACGGUUCACAGACUUCCAAGUUUGAAUGUGGAGGUAAUGUUAAAACAUCACCCAGCCUUUAUGAUUUACCUCUUAAGACACUAGAAAGUAUCACAUUUGUUCCAUCACAGCCCAACCUGAGUAGUACAUUGGGAACUCCAUCAGCACCUCCAGAAGCUCCAGUUCAGAAAUUCAGCUGCCAGGUUGAGGGAUGUACUCGAACGUAUAACUCUUCACAGAGUAUUGGAAAACACAUGAAGACAGCACACCCUGACCAAUAUGCUGCUUUUAAAAUGCAGCGCAAGACUAAAAAAGGUCAGAAAUCUAACAACUUAAGUCCACCAAAUCAUGGAAAGUGUGUUUAUUUUUUGCCAUCACAAGUGAGCAGCUCUGAUCAUGCUUUUUUUACACCACAGACCAAAGCCAAUGGGAAUCCUGCUUGUUCAGCCCAGCUGCAGCAUGUCUCACCUUCCCUUUUUCCAGCUCAUUUAGCAAGUGUGUCAACUCCAUUGUUACCCUCAAUGGAAAGUGUCCUAAGUCCAAAUUUACCUUCUCAGGAUAAAUGUGAGCAAGGUGGUAUGCUGUGUUCACAAAUGGAAAAUUUGUCUAAUACUGCCUUGCCAGCACAAAUGGAAGAUCUAACCAAAACAGUUUUGCCUUUGAAUAUUGACAGCGGCUCAGAUCCUUUCCUUCCUUUACCUGCAGAAAAUAGCUCUCUCUUCCCUUCACCAACAGACAGUGCGACUAAUUCUGUUUUCUCCCAACUGGAAAAUAAUUCAAAUCAUUAUUCCUCACAGAUGGAAGGAAACACAAAUUCUUCCUUUCUAAAGGAGGGUAGUGGUGAAAAUGCAGUUUUUCCUUCACAAGUGAAUGUUGCAAAUGAUUUCAGUAGCACCAGUGCACAACAGUCUGCAUCUAAAAAAGUGAGAAAAGACCGUGGCCGGGGCCCAAAUGGAAAGGAAAGAAAACCCAAGCACAACAAAAGGGCUAAAUGGCCUGCAAUUAUCAGAGAUGGAAAGUUCAUCUGCAGUAGGUGUUACAGGGCUUUUACUAAUCCCAGGUCACUGGGUGGACACCUGUCUAAAAGAUCUUACUGCAAACCACUGGAUGGGGCAGAAAUUGCCCAAGAACUUUUACAAAAUAAUGGACAGCCUUCCCUUCUGGCCAGCAUGAUUCUUUCCACAAAUGCAGUAAAUUUGCAGGAACCACACCAGUCUACCUUCAAUCCAGAAGCAUGUUUUAAAGAUCCAUCAUUCCUGCAGCUUCUUGCUGUUGAAAAUCGCCCAGCAUUUUUACCAAAUACAUUUCCCAGAUGUGAUGUGAGUAACUUUAAUACCAGUGUUAGUCAGGAAGGCAGUGAAAUUAUUAAGCAGGCCUUAGAAACUGCUGGCAUUCCCAGCACUUUUGAAAGUGCUGAAAUGCUUUCUCAGGUUGUUCCCAUAGGCUGUGUCUCAAAUGCAGCACAGGUAAGUUCAGCAGUGAUGCCAGGUCCAACUGGGACGCCCUUGUUACAGACCGUCUGCCACCCAAACACUUCGCCAACAGACCAGAAUAGAUCACCAGACUCCAAAACUUCUGCUAUCAAGGAAUGUAGCACUUUGCCUGUUUUAACAACAGAUGAUUUACUACUGAAGACUGUUGAAAAUGGUUUGUGCUCCAGUUCAUUGAAUAGUUCUACUGAGCCACAACAAAGUUUUGGCAGUAAUAGUUCACGUGUUUCUGUUAUAAAUGGGCCUCAAAACACAAGAUCCAGUCAUUUAAAUAAAAAAGGACACAGUGCAUCUAAGAGAAGAAAAAAAGUUGCUCCUCCAGUAAUUGUACCAAAUGCUUCCCAGAACUUAGUACCAAAUGACUUAACAACAGUGGGACUGAUGGCAAAGAAUGAUGUAAUUCCAAAUUGUGAAUCUCCAAGUUUGGUGGAAAACCUAACCCAGAAAUUAAAUAACAUUGACAGCCAGUUGUUUAUAACUGACGUAAAAGAGGACUUUAAAGCCAGUCUUGAAUCCCAUACAAUGUUAACCCCUUUGACAUUAAAGACUGAAAAUGGAGAUUCCCAAAUGAUGGCUUUGAAUUCAUGCCCGUCAGGCAUGAAUUCUGAUUUGCAGGUUUCUGAAGACAAUGUUAUACAGAACUUUGAGAAGACUCUUGAUUUUAUUAAAACUGCUGUGAAUUCUCAAAUGCUUGAGGUAAAGAGUGAAUCUCAGGGUACUGAUGAGACACCACAGAAUGCUCAAAUAAGUUACAGCAUGCAGCUUCCUGCAGUUACCUCUACGCCAAAUAACAAGCUACCUGAUUCUUCUGAGUUUUCAUCUUUCCUAACUGCCAUGCCAACAAAAAGUAAUAUUCCUCCAUCUGAAGCAUUGUAUAAGGAGGAUCAAAUACAAGAAAUUUUAGAAGGUUUACAAAAAUUAAAAUUAGAAAAUGACCUGUCUGCUCCAGCUUCCCAGUGUAUACUGAUAAACCAGUCAGUAACACUGGCCCCUACUCCUAUUAAAUCAGCUCCAAAUAUCACAGUUCAGCCAGUUUCUGAAAUGAUGCACAUUCAGCUUAAUGACAGAGUUAAUAAGCCCUUCGUGUGUCAAAACCAAGGCUGUAACUACAGUGCCAUGACAAAGGAUGCCCUAUUUAAGCAUUAUGGUAAAAUCCACCAGUAUACUCCAGAGAUGAUCCUUGAAAUUAAGAAGAAUCAGUUAAAAUUUGCUCCAUUUAAAUGCGUAGUACCUACAUGUACAAAAACAUUCACAAGAAAUUCUAAUCUUCGGGCACACUGUCAGUUGGUACAUCAUUUUACAACAGAAGAAAUGGUUAAGUUAAAAAUAAAAAGGCCAUAUGGAAGAAAAUCUCAAAGUGAGAGUUUACCGGCUCCACAAAUUAACCAAAUGAAAAAACAGCCACAUGUGACAAAGGAAAUUAAACCAGAAUUACAGCCUCCCUUAGAGUUACCAGCAGUGACAGAAAAUUACCUCAGCAGCAUAGCAGUGACCCCAGAAAAACAAGUUGCAGAAAAAAAAAGUCCUGAGAAACCAGAAUGUUCUUCACAGCCUAUCACAAUUACUCCUGAACAAUAUAUGGACACAGAUUCUCUCUCAAACAUGAAAGCUAAAGGACGAAAAACUAGGAGGUAUAGAAAAGAAAAAGAGGAAAAAAGACAGAAGAAAGCAGUUUCCCAGUCCCUUGAAUUUCCAGCACGGUAUAGCCCGUACAGACCUUACUGCUGUGUUCACCAGGGCUGCUUUGCCGCUUUCACAAUACAGCAGAACCUGAUUCUUCAUUACCAGGCUGUCCACAAAUCAGAUCUUCCUGCUUUUUCUGCAGAGGUUGAAGAGGAAAGUGAAGCUGGUAAAGAACUUGAAGAAACUGAAAAUAAGCAGAGCAUGAAAGAAUUUCGGUGCCAGGUAAGUGACUGUUCUCGAAUUUUUCAAGCCAUUACAGGCUUAAUCCAACACUACAUGAAACUGCAUGAAAUGACUCCUGAGGAAAUCGAAAGUAUGACUGCUUCUGUGGAUGUUGGCAAGUUUCCAUGUGACCAGCUCGACUGUCAAUCUUCCUUCACAACAUACUUGAACUAUGUUGUUCAUCUUGAGGUCGACCAUGGAAUUGGAGCAAGGACAAGUAGAACGGAAGAGGAUGGUAUAUACAAAUGUGACUGUGAAGGCUGUGACCGCAUGUAUGCCACUCGCUCUAAUCUUCUCCGACACAUUUUUAACAAGCAUAAUGACAAACAUAAAGCUCAUUUGAUUCGGCCAAGAAAACUAACUGGCCAGGAAAAUAUAUCAAGUAAGGCAAACCAGGAAAAAUCAAAGUCUAAACACCGGGCAACAAAACACUGCAGAACUGGAAAAGAAGGAAUGAAAAUGCCCAAGACCAAGCGAAAGAAAAAAAGUAACUUAGAGAACAAGAAUGCAAAAGUUGUGCAGAUUGAGGAAAAUAAGCCUUAUUCUCUAAAACGUGGAAAGCAUGUGUAUUCUAUAAAGGCUAGAAAUGAUGCCUUGUCAGAGUGUACAAGCAAAUUUGUGACCCAAUAUCCAUGUAUGAUAAAGGGGUGUACUUCAGUUGUUACAAGCGAAAGCAAUAUAAUCAGACAUUACAAGUGCCAUAAGUUAUCUAAGGCAUUUACAUCACAACACCGUAAUCAUCUUAUUGUCUUCAAACGAUGUGGUGACUCACAAGUAAAGGAAGCCACAGAGGAAGAAGAUGGUAAAAAUGAUGUAAAAGAUUCUGACACACUUUUAUUAGAGAAAAGUGAUAACUCAAGAACAGCUGCUCCACAGAAAGAAGCAGUAAAAAAUGAAAAAGAUGAAAUGGAUGAGCUAACGGAAUUAUUUAUUACAAAAUUAAUAAAUGAAGACUGCACCAAUGUGGAGACCCAAGCUAACACUACUUCAAAUAUAAGUAAUGAUCUCCAGGAAAAUAGUCCCUGCCCAUCAGAAAGACAAAAAGCAGGUAAUUUGAAGAGAGUUAGUAAAGAAAAAAACACAAUAAAAAAUAAAAAAAGGAAAGUUGAGAAACCUGAGCCAGAAUCACCAGUUGAGGUACAUAACGUGCAUAAAGAGGAAGAGACUGCUGUUGCAAUUCAAACCACUGAGGAGCAUCCUUCAUCCUUUGACUGGAGUUCCUUUAAACCAAUGGGAUUUGAAGUGUCAUUUCUUAAGUUUCUUGAAGAGUCUGCAGUGAAGCAGAAAAAAAAUCCUGACAGAGACCAUCCAAAUAGUGGAACUAAAAGAGGAUCCCAUUCAAAUUCAAGGAAAAGUACUGAUAAGACUGCUGCAAAUAGUGGAAAUCGCAUGUGUUCUUGUAAAGACAGUGAAAUCUUUGUAGAGUUUGCCAAUCCCUCACAACUUCAGUGCAGUGAGAAUGUAAAAAUUGUUUUAGACAAGACUCUUAGAAAUUGCACUGAGCUUGCCCUAAAGCAGCUUCAGGAAAUGAAACCUACCGUCAGUCUGAAGAAACUUGAAGUGUGUUCAAACGACCCCGAUAGGUCUGUUCUGAAAGAAAUCAGUAUAGGUAAAGCCACAGGCAGAGGACAGUACUGACAACUCAUGUACUGUAACUGUGUCAUUUGUAUAGUUUCAUUUAAAUAGAAAGCCAUCAAGCAUGUUGUAAUUGUGAGCUUUUAAAUUUUUUGUUUACAUGAAUUAACCUAGCUAAAAGAAGGCAGAAAAAAAACCAUGACCUCUGUCAUGCAGAACUUUAUUUUAUCCCUAUGGGACUUGAAUGGAAUCCGUACUUCAGUUAUUGUAAAUAAUUGAGUUAAGCCUCAAAUUUCUAUCACCCAGUUGUCCUUUUCAUGAAGACUGAAUUAUCUAUGUGAUUGCAACCUUCACCAGGUCGCCGCUCGUGUAUAGCAGUACUCUAUUUGUAGAUAGCUUUUUUUGUAUAUAUUUAUUACUGUAAAUCAUUGCUGCCACCAGCAGUCUGUAAGUCUAAACUAUUAAAUGAGACAUUUAUAUUUGCAGUUUUAAUUUUAACAAUGUGAUCAAGUUUUUAAACUUCUUUUGAUUUAAAUUAAGAACUUUUUGAAGUACAACUAGAAACUGCCGUAAUUGAUUUUUCUUUUUCUACAUAAGACUUUUAUUUACAAGAUGAUAGUCAAUGUUAUGUUUCACACAGUAGGCACAUUAUAUCAACACUCUGUGAAUUUACCAUCCUGCAUUCUUGGGUGGUAUUCAUAUGAAAUUAAAAAACAGAUUCUUUAGUAGCUACAGAUUUUUUUCUUUUUCCAUUGUUUCUAAAUAGAUAUAGUUACUAUGAGUCCAUAAAAUAUAAUGGAAAUGUGAAUAAAGACUUUUAAUACAUGGAAGUUUUUAAACAUUGGUAUUUUAAAAAUAUCCUUUGUCAAUGUGAUAGAAACUAGUAGUGUGGAUCAGUGUAAAUAUUUAAGGUGGUGAUUUGUGAAGUAGCCCAGUAUUGCCUUAAAUAAAAUCACAUUUCAGUUCUUGUUUUGUACAUGUGCUCUUAUAAAGGUUUUUUCCCCCAUUUUCUGAGAUUUAUAGAUGGUGUAUAGCUUUAAACUGUAUAAACUUUUGUGGGAAGAAUUUUUAAAACUUUUUAUAAAUUUUAAAAAUAGUAUCAUCAAGUGAGCCCAUCUUGUGUUUAUAAAAUGCAAGAAUCCUUACCAUAUAUUGUUACAUACAUGAAAUACUUUCUAUAAGGAAGUUGAAUGUUUUGAUUUUACUGUUAAUAGGUAUUAGAUAGUACAGAUUUGUCUGUAUUUCUCACCGUAUCUAAUUUUUCAUUAGAUUAGUCUUCAAGAGCAGUAUUCGUAAUACUUGAUUAUUUUGUUCAUUCAAUAUAUAGUUCUUAGAGCUUACCUUUAUUCACCGUAUUUAUACUGUACAUUUAUGACCAGAGGUAGAAACUAUUUCUGGAACACUGACAACCCUCAUUUAUGGUCCAACUAAAAUCAGUACUGGCAACAAAUAAGACAUCCUUUGAAUAUUUACUUUGAUUUUUGUUUCCCAUAGAAGGAUUGUGGGGUUUUUUUGUUGUUUUUUUUUUUUAACAUGGUAUAAAGCAGUUACAGUCACCAUAUUAUUGGCCUGAGGUAUUGGUGGUAUUGUGAUCCUAUGAAUAUGUAUAUGUUCCCUGUACAGCUUUAGAUGUGCAGGAAAAGUGAAGCACUUAACUGAAAUUGCUGGUACUCUGAAUAAAUAAGCAUGGUCAAGGA